AUGUGGUUUCAAGCCAAGAGGUUAGAAUUGGCCUUAGCCGAUUUUAAACAAGAUCCGACAAAUUUGGAGGUUCAACUCAGCUUGUUGGCACUUCUACGACAAAAUAUUCAAAGGUUAUUGAAACCACUCGAGAAUCAGGUAUGUUGAUAUGUUUUUUAGUUAUUAAACUUGUGUGUUUAGGUGUAAAAUACGAUUUUGAAUAUAAUAUCAAUAUAAUAGAAAGUAUAUAAAUUAAUUUCAGCCAGCUUCAUCUAAUCAACAAAUUAAUCGGACUAAAAUUGGACAAGAGAUUGAAGUUGGCAGUGGUCAGAAGAUUGUACUCACAGAACACAUUUACCAGGAUGCCGAGAGUCUUGCUGAAUUGUUCAAAUUGGAUAUGACAGUUUCUUUGGAUCUAAUUUUGUGUGGUAAGUUCUUUUACAUCUUAUGUUUGGUGUUUAGGAGAAUAUCAUUUUUUUUCAAAAUUUGUGGACAUAAAAAACCUUGCUUUGGACUUGAGCAAGGGUUGCAAUAGACUUUUUCAUGAUAUACAUUGGUACUUUUAUAUUAUAUGAUUGAUAUUUUCAGGUGAAAUUCAAAAGAAGUUCUACAAAGACAUAACGAGAGGUAUAUGUGCAGUUCUUUGUUAUUACGAUGCUCACAGAAGUUUUCUUUGUACUACACGGAAUCUAUUGGAACUAAGAGAAGAUGGAGUGUUUCCAGAGUAUGUUGGUGAAGAUCUCCAGAAGUUUAUCCAUGAUAUCUACGUUAACAACGACUUUUUUGAUAACUGCUUAAGUAAGUAUUUAUUUUUUGUUUUAUUUUUAGGUAACAACUGUUUUAGAAGAAAAUAUAUUGUUUUAGAAGUCUUCGAAAUUCUUGAAAAACGCGUCGACUUUGAAAAGCUAUAUCAAUAUGAAUUUCUGCGAAUUCUGAACGACAUAGAGACAGAAGUGUACGAGAUUGUAUGCCUUUUGUCUAUCAACUGUCCAGUAGCACAACAAAAGGUACAUCUGAAUGCUUUGUUCAAAUCAGCGAUGAAUAUGGACUUUGAUUCGAGAAGAUUGUCAGAUAAUUUGAAGGCUGGAAUUAGAAGAACGUUCAAACUAGCUGAAUUGACUGUUUGGACUGGACUGGCGUUGUUUAUUAGUCCGAAUAGGAUCAGACUUGCUGGUAAGUUUUCUUUUUAAUUAUUGUUGAAAUUUUAGGUACUAAAGAUGUUGUGUACAAGGCUAAUUCUACUUUUAAAUGUAUUUGACGGUUUUAGUAUAUAAUAAAUUAUAAGAGGUUUUCACUUUAUAUUCUUCUUAUUUUAAAAAAUUUCAGACGCCGCAGCAGACGAAAUUUUUGAAAUCUUUGAACAAAAUCUCAAGGAAAAGUGGCUUCAUCGUCCUCUACGAGCUUCAAUUCAAUUUUUCUACGCCAUAACAGUCAAGUGCACAGUCGGAAACUUUGCUCGACGUGAUCGCCUGGGAGUGGCAGAUCCAAUUGACCAGUCGAUCGAACAAAACUGCUUUCAUUUCAUUCUUCAGCGAGUGUUUCAAGUCCCAAACAUUUACAAAUAUCAAUCUUCGAUUGAGUUGAUUGACAAAUGUUUGAAGGACUUUAUUGUAUAUUGUCCAGAGAAGGUUCAGGAGAUGUUCAGUGUGUGUGAAGAAGAGGUUAUUAUCAUGGAGGAUCCGGAUUUGCAUAAAAUGCACGAAUUGAAAGACUUUCCGCUGCACUUUAAGGUCUUGUUGAACAUCAUUAGAGAAAUGUACGAUGAGGAUACGGAACAGCUUGUCCAGUUGAGUCUGCAGUUCUUUGAUCCGAAUUUUGUAAGUUUUACAGUAAUUUGAAAAAGUUAAAAGUGGGGGUGUCACAAGAACUGAAAGUUGAUAUUUUAGCUUUUUUGUGGCAUUUUAGCUCUGUUGGUGAUAAUUGAUGGAAUUUUUGUAUUCAAUCUUUAUUUAAUGUUAGUUUUUAAAAAUUUUUUGUGAGUUUUUCAUACCUAAAAUGCGUUCUUUCAGCAACUGUCAAACUUUAUCUUGUCGGGAGUAUCAAUCAGUGCAUCAACCCUCUACGUUGACUAUGUUUACAUGUUGAAAUCUUUAUGUAAAUCACGUCAAGCAGCUCAAUUCAUCUGUGAACACUUCUCCCAAGGCCGAGAAUCUUUAUUCGACUGGGCGAAUCUCUUUGGAACUUUACGUCAAUAUAUAAAUGAAUUCAGAAGAACCGCAUUACAAUACAACAACACUCAUAUGACUAUGCCUGCUUUCCAACCUCCAGUUCAUGUUAGAAGGAUGAGUUCGGACGAAUUGAGUGGAAUGGUCUGUUGGAUAAGGUUGGCUACGGAAGUGGCUAGUUUGGUGGGUUUUUGGGUAUUGUGAUUGGUAGAAAAUGGCAUUUAAAGUGUACAUUAAAAUGACAUAAUAGUUAAAUAAUCAAAAAUGUUUACAGGAACCAAAAGCUCGAAGAUACUUCGUACUGGACAAUCAUUUCAACGCGGUAGAGACGAUUAUCUUGGGAGUUAUGACACGAUUUCCACUGAUUUUAAAAGGGCAUUUGUACAAGUUUUUGGCCGUAUUAGCUAAAGACGAAGGCUCAACUCUUCAGCUGUGGACUCAACUAAAACAACAUGGAGUUUGUGAUUACAAUGAGCAGACUAGGAAGUUGGUUGGCAUUCAGGUAGGAUAAUAUUAAUGUUUUGGUUUUUUGGGUUGGUGUUAUAAUGGUUUUUGUUGGUUUAUGGUAUAGUUAUCUCUGGAAAUACCUAAUGUUUUAUCAGUUGAGUUUAUAUACACCUUUAAGUCAAACGUCUAUUUUUGUGGUUAUUUUUGAUAAAGGUUUACAGUCAAACCUCUUUAGUAUGACACGGAAAUUAAUGGUUAAAACUUGUUAUUGUAAGGUGGAUGUCACACUAUUGAGGGUUGUACUAAAGAGGUUUCGCUGUACCUAAAUGCCUUCAAUCCUUUUUCUGAGAAAAAAUUGAAAUUUCUGGCAAUUUUCAUAAUUUUACUUUAAUUUUAGACCGAGUUGGAUGAAGUUGAAAGCGCUGAAAACGCGUAUGAUUCGACAGAAGGCUUCUUGUAUUUGGUCAAGUCAAUGUUCUCAAGGAAAAACCUCAGUCAAACAGAUCUUAAAACAAUUGCACCUUAUGUUCAGUUCACAAUAAAGAGUAUUAUUUGUCGAUUUGAUCAACGUGGCUACAAGAAUACUCUUCAAAUGGUAGGCAAAUUUAGUUUUUUUAUCUUUCUUGACGCUUGAAAAAGGAAAAUUAAAAACUAGUCCGGGCUGUUGAUUAUAAUCGGUACUAGUCUGGACUGAUUAUUGUAGUUGAUACUAGUCCGGACUAGGCUUUAUAGUCGGUAAUAGACCAGACUGAUGAUAAUAAUUUUCUUUGUUGGGAACGGCAGUUUUUUUAUUUUAGGUAAUAGUUUUAUGAUUAUUUUUUCAGUGGAACAUGUUAUCAACAGCAUUGGAUGCCUUGUUUGAAUUGCUCAGAAGAUUCCACAUAUCGUCAGUUUCCGUAGCUCGAAAAGGACCUCAAGUCUUUGUUUUAAGUCAGUUGUUGAACGAUAGUGAUUUGAGCAGAGCUGUAAGUUGUUUUGGAGUAUAAAAAUUGUUGAUUUUAUGAUCUUAUAUCAAGGUUCUUUUUUGUUUUUAAAUUUCGAGUUUCAAUUUAAACAAUUUUUAAAUUUCAAAAUUUUAAUUCCAGAUGAUUCGAAUAAUCUUUGAAUGCUCAAACUCACUGGACGACACGAUAUCAGUCCUGAGCAGAGACGACAAAAGCCCUCAAUGGUUGUUGGCUCAAGCAAAGAACGAUGCUUCAUUGUCAGCGUUGAAGCUGCUGGCUCAUGCGUGUUCAGUAUCACAAACAGUACGAGCAGCCUUUAGAACAUCGGCAGAGAAUGCACCAAUCUUUAUUGCACCAAUUGAGUCAAUAUUACUAACGCCACUGCCAACAAGUCCAGUUGUGAACUACGUACAUCUACUGAAUUCUUUUGUGGAGCAGCAACAGAUGUUGAAGGUGAGUUUGGGAGUUUUGGUGGAGGGAUAUGGGAAAUUUUUGGUUUUAGAUAACAAACUGUUGUUUUGUUGAUAUUUUUUGUGGUUUUUUGAAAAAGUUGAGAAAUUUUGUAAAAGGAAUACUGUAAUUUUUGCUUUUUUACAUAUAGUUUCGGAUCUUGGGAUGAAUGACAUUAGCUUAUAUAAUUUUAGCAUACUUACUACGUUGUCCGCAUUCUGAACGAGCUCAGCGAUCGUCUCUCUUCUGAUGCUAACCGUGUACUUCUGGAGACAUUUGUCACAAAUCCAAGACUUACACCAGUGUUUGCACGUCUAAUCUCGAUCAACUUAAAUGACAUGGUGGUGGAUGACAAUGACUUGGUACUAUUUGACUUGGAAAGCGUGUCUGUUUCAAGGCUGAAAGGGGAGAUUGCUCGAGAUUUGAUGAUUUUAUACACGAAAGUCUUGAUUGCUUAUCCAAAUCAGACGAAUUUUGUACAUCAUUUGUUUGGGUUUGACUUGAAGAAUAUCAACAAUAGUGAUAUGAGUGUCAUUGGUGAGUUUUGGGGAGAGGAAAAGGUUAAAAACUUGAUUUUUUUGAGUUGAAUUGAUUGAAAAGUUGGAGUUAUAUGGUAUUUAUGGUGCUAGCAAGUAAUUAUUUAUAACAUAUGGCUCAAAAUGGCAUUAUUAAUUCGGUUCUACUCUUGUGUUAGAAAAAGUUAAUUUUAAGUUGUAAAAAGAUUUGUAGUUCUACUUUUAUUGUUUUAGGAUCAGAUGGAGCUACGUUGAACUCAACUGUGUCUUUGGUUGAAAUUGUGGAGCACUUGGCUUACAAUGAAGAUCCAGGAAGCUCACAGUUUGUUGUUUUAUACGAAUGUGCAUUGAAGCUUUUGGUAGGUGAAUUUCGGUACUUGAGUAUUGUCUUGAAAGUUUGCUUUAGCUCUUUAAAACUAUGGUUUUACUGCUUUUUGGAAUUUUUUUGAAGUUAUGUUUGUAUAAUAUUAAGAUUAAAUCGAUGCAUAAACGUUUUUGAAAAUUUUUUAAAUUAGUUAUUUGGCACUUUUUUAAUUUUUUAAAAUUUUUAGUUGAAAUUUGCUACUGUCGGCUCCCUCUCGUGUGUUCCAAUGCUAGCCUUCCUUCGCAAUGGAUGCGACAGCCUAAUUCGUCGUUUGGCUAAGUCCAAAAUCUUCCUAGAAGUUCAACAAGAAACCGUUCUGCUUCAAGAAACCAUGCUCAAUACAUCAAUAGUGACAAACACUUUGGACUACACAUCACCACGGCUGAGAAACGUCAAGAAGCAGAACUCAGUGUUAGAAAGUGUGAAGCGAUUGAUUAGAGGACUGAUUCUGGAACUGAUUGCUGUCGAUUUUUCUGUAGCUAUGCAACAAGGACACACGGAUACGGGUAGAGAAUACUUGGAGAUAUUGCUCUCGAACAAGGAUAAUGAGGCUGCUGAAUGUGGGCUGAUUUGGAGCUUGAUUCAGAAUUCAAUCAGUGCUUCACAAGAGCUUUGUACGCCGAAGUACAACAAGUUUGAUGUUAGGAAAGUGCAGGAUGUAAGUUUAGGUUGAUAUAUUGAUUUUUGAGGUAUGAUAACAGACUUUUUGGUUUUGAGAGUAACUUUUUUGACUAUUUUAAAGUUUAGACUGUUACCUAGUUUUUGCUGUUCGACUUUUUUUAUGAAUUUUGUAACGUUUAACACAAGUUUUUGACUGAAACUUUGAUUUUUAGGUAUUAGAUCUCUGUCUUCGCAAAUCAGUAGUCUCUGUAGAUCAAUAUGAUGUGGAAUAUGUCAAGUUUUUACUAGAACAAGAGUUGGCAGCAAUUGUAAACGAUGAUGUAACUGACUUCAAGGAAGAUGCAAACCAGAUCCUUCUGUAUUGUGUACGUUACAAUGCUCAAAGGAGACUCGAAGGAUCGUGUGUACAAUUGCUGUCAGGAUGGAUAGCUUUGGUUAAUGGAAUACUGUACUUUUCACCGCUGCCGUUUAUUCCUUUGGAAACACAACAACAGUUCUGCACUGAUGCAUUGACAUUACUGAAGGAGUAUGUCCAGAAGGUGGAGAUGAAUGAAGAGGUAAGGGUGAUGUUUUAGUUUUGUUAGAGAUUACUUAUGAGUAUGUUUGUUUGUACGUAAUGUAGCAGGGUUUGGUACUAUUAUGUUUAUGUAUUUUGAAAUAAUGUUACUGCUAAGGUUUUUGGGCGUGACUUUUUUUAGAAAAUACUGGCUUUUCAAUGUUUCAAUGAGUAAUAUGAGUUUGUUUUAGGUAUUAGGAGGAGUUUCAAACUGUUGUUUUGCUCUGGUACGGCUGCUGGUCAAGUUUGCGAUAGUACAAUGUGAAACAGAAGCAGAAAGGAAGUUGGCAUUGGGAGAAGUACUUAACAUGUUGGUAUCUUGCGCUGUUUUACCAUGUAAGUUAUAAUUUAAAAAAAAUUGUUUUGUAUAUUAAGACAUCUGCAACAUUUCUUUGCUUUUUACUAUGAUUUUCAGCUUACAAUCGCCAUUCUCAGUUUAAAAUGAACAUUUACUCAUCGAUAUUGUGUGUCAUUCAAAAUUGCACCGAAGACAGCUUUAUAUCCGACAAGAACCUGGUCGAUCAAUGGCGAGCAACAGGCCAAUUAACACAAAAACAAGUGGAAAACGAGCAGCCAGCCUCACUGUUAAACCUGAUUGACGAAAAGGCCAAAGUCGACGAGAUCUGGGCAGCCGUUUUUGAGGAACACUCGGCCGAACUGGUACAGUCUAGUGCUCAGGACAUUGAGUUUGCACCAUUCGAACACAAGAUAUUGGCCAUAUCUUCAUUAGCAGAGAUGUUGAAGGAAGACAGAGUUGGCAAAAACAACAUUGCUGGACAUGUGAUCAGAUUGGGUGUGGUAAAAACACUUCUGGAUUUGUUACCUAAAAUUACGGAUUUGGACUUUAAGAAUGGAAAAGAAGCGACAAACCGGGAUUCACUGGUCAUGUUUCAUGUCAUUGUGGUAGGUUUAUUGGUUUGGUGGGCAUGGGAGCUUUGAUCUUUCUUUAUAUUACUAUAUCUAAAUUAGUGGGUAAAGAAGGAUCAAAAAAGCUACUUAGGGGCUGUUUUUAAAAUUUUUUUUUAAAUUAAAAAAAUUAUUUUAGUGUUUCCUUAUCCGUCUGACCAACACAUCGACCGGUUUCAAGACGUUGGCCGAAUGCAAAGCUCUUCACAGAAUGGCUAAGCUCUCGUUAUGGCAGAACCCACCACGAGAAGCCUUCUUCCUUCCGAUUAAUGGAUCUUCGGACGAGAUCAAUCAAUAUGGAAUUGCACAUUUGUACUUAAAAUGCGUUCGAUCCUUAUUCAGACUGUGCCAAGCAGCUGCUGCUACGAUUUACAAGAAUUCUGUUAUUGAUGAUGUAAGUAGAAUGCUAUAUUUUCUAUGUUGUUUUGUUGUUUAACGAUGUUUGGCGGAUUUGAGCGAUUUUUGGGCUGAAUUUGCUUAUGCUUGAUCGAAAAUUUUAUAGAGGAAUUUAUAAAAAACGUAUUUUACAAUGAUUGUUAUGUUUGAAAAAAAAAGUCUUUUAUAUUGUUUUAGAUCGAGGACUGCGUAUCAGUACAAACCGAACUUCUAAAUCACUUGAAACGACAAUCAGAGAACGAAAAUGAUCAUCCACUGGUCAAGACGGCCUUGUUGUUGUUGGAAUUUGUUAACAAUUUGAGUGAGUUUUUUUUAUUUUUUUUGGGAAUUAGGCUUUUGGUUGUAUGCAGGGACGUCGCUACGGUUUUUUUUCUGUGGUGGAGACCCAAAAAAAUUUUUUGGUCCACCUGUGUACCGAUUUUCCGAAAACUUUUUUUCGUUUUUUUACAGAUAACUGUGGAUUUUUUUUCGGAUCGGCUCUGGGGGGGGAGUCACCCCUACCCGUCCCUGGUUGUAUGCUUAUUUUCUAGAAUCCCAUCCUAUCCUGCCUUGCCUUACUCCGUAUUACCAUAUUUUCCCUUACUUUGUUCUACCUUACCUUAGUCCCAUUUACUGUACUCUAUUUUACCUUAACCUAGCUUACCUUACUCUGUCUCAACUUACUUUGCUUUGCUUUACCUUGUCCUAUCUUACCUUACUAUACAUAAUACCUAAUUAUUUCAGGAAAUACAGUUCGAAAGCCUCGAGAAAUGGCCGCUGUGUAG